CAAUAGACACCGAUGGGUCAAAGUUGAAACUCUGUUGUUCAACAGAAGGACCAAACAUGGAGUCCAUUUUUCACGAGAAACAAGAAGGCUCUCUUUGUGCCCAGCACUGCCUCAAUAACCUCCUUCAGGGAGAGUACUUCAGCCCUGUUGAGCUGUCUGCAAUUGCACAGCAGCUUGAUGAAGAAGAAAGAAUAAGAAUGGCAGAGGGGGGCGUGACAAGUGAGGAGUACAGGACAUUUUUACAGCAACCGUCCGGAAACAUGGAUGACAGUGGUUUCUUCUCUAUUCAGGUUAUCAGUAAGGCUUUGGGCGUGUGGGGCUUGGAGUUGAUUCUUUUCAACAGCCCCGAGUAUCAGAAGCAGAUGGCUGAUCCAGUAAAUGAAAAGGCGUUUAUAUGCAACUACAAGGAGCACUGGUUUACAGUACGGAAACUAGGACGGCAGUGGUUUAACUUGAAUUCUUUGUUGACGGGUCCAGAACUUAUCUCUGAUACAUACCUUGCACUAUUCCUGGCACAACUGCAGCAGGAAGGUUACUCCAUAUUUGUAAUUAGAGGGGAACUGCCUGACUGUGAGGCAGACCAAAUUUUAGGCAUAAUACGGGUGGAGCAGAGACAAAGACCUCGCUUGAUUGGAGAGGAAGCUUCUCAGCUGGCUUCCAGGCAAAGAAGUCCCCUCGAUAGAACAGUGGAAGGCAGGAGAGCAUUUGAGGGAGGUCCAAUAGGUCCAAUAGAUGAAGAUGAAGAAAACCUUUCUAAAGCACUUGCCCUCAGUCAGAAGGACAUUGAGGUAGAAGAUGAAGAGGCUGAUCUGCGCAGAGCCAUUCAGCUAAGCAUGCAGGGGUCCUCUACUACUGGCUCUUCUGCUGACACUAUUGGAGACAUUACUGCUAACACAUCAAAGUCUGUCCAGAGUGAAUCACUGUCUGCAGAGGAAUUACGGCGACGGCGGCAGGCAUAUUUUGAAAAGCAACAGCCAACUCCAGCUACAGCUAUAGAGUCCCAAGACACUAGAAGUACCAGCGCAACAGGAGACAGUUCAGGUAGUGAAGCCUUACACAAAUCUGAAGACAGCGGCAGUGCCAAGAACCGCCAACUGAACACAAAAGAUGCAUAGUGGUCUUCACUUUGGUGUCUUCAGUACUUGUAUUCCAUCCCCUUAUCAUUGCAGACAUUCUGCUUAGAGAAGGGUAUCAAGAGGGUCACCAAGGACUGGACUUGCAGGAUCAAGGGAGAAAGUGAGCGCCUAGUUUGGGAAAACUUGACUGCACUGACCUCCUGUUUUGCUUGUUGUUCUUGGAGCGAGAUCUGUGCAUCUCUUGGAGACAUGAGACCUGUUUGAGAAUGCAGACUAACUAUGAAGAAAACCUCCAAGCCCUACCCUAUGUUCCCUGGAGUUAAAGAACAACUAUCUGCCAGCUCUUCCACUUAAACCAGUUCCUAAGGCAAAAGUGUCUGAUGUGCAAAAAAUGCCAUUCAAAGUAGAAGCAGUGUGGUCAGAUGUAAGAAAUUGUUUUUUUUUUUUUUUAUUUUGCAUUUUCCUGUCCCAUAUCUUCCGAAGGUUUGUGAUUGAUGGUAUUGUUAACUUUUCUUUUUUGACAGCUGAGCCCUGUGGUUUGCUUGGCUCAUUUAUACCUUUACCAGUGCGGCGUUCUAAGGGUCCAGAGUAUGUACAGUUUACAGCAUUUGCACAUUUUUUCUAUUUAUUUUUCAACAUACUUUUUUGUUGCGUCACAUUGUUAGAGGCUUCAUUGCGACUCAAGCCUCUUUAACUUUACCAAAGUACACUUUGCCACUAAAGCGUUCUGUUUCCUGAAGUUCAUAUUAACCUGGUAGCAUUGUAAAAGAGGCUGAACCGCCUCAAUAAAAAAUAACAAAUAGGCCAUGUUCUGUCACACUAACCCUGCAGAAGAGGGACCACUACCAAGUAUUAAACCUAGGGACAAAACAGCUGACAGCUUUUAUUUCAUGCUUGUUUCAUGGAGGACGGGGAAUGCUUUUUUUUUUUUCCUUCCUUUUCCAGUCUGCACAAACUCACUUUGUUCAUUAUGAUAGAAAAAUUACAGUUGCUCCUUGUAAACUUUGUAAUGCAUUCAAAGAGGGUUAGUCAAUAUAUGGCUGUACUGUAACUACAAAAUGGCGGUGGUCCUUGAAAUCCUGGUGCAUUACUGGUCAAACUGGAUAAAGGAAAACAUGCUUUUGUCCUGUUCUGCUCAUGAAGACAAACCAUUUUUUUCUUGAUAACUGUUUUUGUUCACAUUUAUUACAGUAUUUAGCUAAAUUCUUCCCAAUAGCACAAAAGAAAUUAAUGGUUAAAGUAAAGGGGAACCUGCACUUUGGUAUCGGGAAAGCACAACUACAUGGCAAGGAAGAAAACCAAUUCCAGUGAGUGAUCAUCAAACGAUUUGGCCUUCAGCUCUUAGUACGGCAGUCCGUCCAUCAGCUGGUUUCUCUAUGCAUGGGUUCUCGAUGCUUUUAACUUUAGCACAUCAUUGUACCAUAUGGGCCAAAUUAUGGAUUGUGGGUCUGGAAUGAUGUUAAUCAAGUUCAGUUGAUCCUAUAAGUUUGUUUUGUAAGUGUUGGGUUACAAUUUGAAGGAUUGCAUAAAAAUGCCUGUCUUUUGACUGUU